CUGCACAAUUUUUUCAAGAAACAGCUGAUAUGGAUUUGCCUGAGGCUCAACUUCGCUAUGGUCAUUGUCUAUGGAAAGGCGAAGGUGUCGAAAAAAAUGGAUCAUUGGCUGUGGAAUAUUUUGAGAGGUCUGCAAAGAAUGGACAUUCAACCGCGAUGUAUAACGUUGGAAACAUGUAUUUCAAUGGAAAUGGAGUAAUUCAAAACAGAGAAAAAGGUAUAUAUUACCUCAGGCUGGCAGCAUUAGAAGGUCAACCGAAAGCUGUCGAUAUGUGCAAAAAACAUCAUAUUCAACUAUGA